AUGAAAAGAGAAAAAAAAAAACCUGCAAUAUAUGGAAGAAAUAUAUCCACUCCAAAAAAAAGAAGUAGAAAAGUUAAACUUCAUCUUUUUUAUCUUUCAGUAAUUUUUGUUUUUUUUAUUUUAGUAAUUGCUGUAUACAUUUAUCUAAUGCCAGGUUUAAAUGUAGAAAGCAAAAAUAGAUUAAAAAUUUUAAUUCCUAAAAGCUUUAAGGAUUUGAAAAAUUUAAGUAAUAAAGAGAAAGUAAAGAUUUUAUAUGAUUCGUUAGUUUUAUAUAAGAGUGAGCAUGGUUUUGUUUUAUUAAUACUGUUAUCAUUGUUUUAUAUUUUUUAUCAAUCAUUUCCGUUAUUUUUAUGGUGGAUGACUGGAACGGCUAGUAUUAUAACAAUAUUGAUUGGAGCUUUUUACAAUUAUUUAUUUUCCAUCCUUUACUGUUCCAUUUUAUCAACCAUUUCACCUGUAAUUGCUUAUGUAAUUUUUAAAUAUUAUGGGAAGACAGUUAUAGAACAUUUUUUUAAGAAUUCUCUUAUAAAGUUUAAUGCACAAAUAAAAAAAAGAGUGAAAAAUAAAAUUGAUUUAUUUUUUUAUAUAGCAAUACUAAGAUUAACUCCUAUAUUUCCAAAUGCUUUAAUUAACAUACUUGGGGCUUCUUUAUCACUUCCUAUCCUUCCCUUUUUUGUAGGUACAUAUAUUGGACUUUUACCUAAUACUGUAAUAUUAGUUUCAUUAGGACAAGCUAUAAAUAGGUUAUCAUCAGUAAAUAUGAAGCAGCAAUUUUAUGUACCAUUAAUUUUUAUAAUAUUGUUAUUGCUUUUUCAAAAAAUAAUGAGGAAUAAAUAUAAAGAGAUAAGUCUUUAA